CCCAUCUCUCCAGGCGCGUGGUCGGAGGCUGCCUUUGGCUGCCCCCGCCACCGCCCGGCAGGUGAGGUGCGAAAAUGCAUAGGUGGAUCAUCGCCAGCUGCGGCGACAUGCGGCCGUCGCGCCCAGGCCGCCGUCGAGACGAUGCCCAGAGACCGGCGACGACGUCCCCUCCGAAGCUGAGGAAGGUGGGGUCGGAGGGGAUGCUGGCCGUGCCCAAGGACGUGGAGGAGUUCAGGACGAUGUCGGCGUACGGGAGCCUGAAGCUGUUCACGUAUGACGAGCUCAAGCAGGCCACCGGCGACUUCGACUCCGAGCAGAUCGUUGGCGAGGGCGGCUUCGGCGUCGUCUACCGGGGGGUGAUCGACGGCGCAGUGCGCAAGGGCUACCCGCCGACGGAUGUCGCCGUCAAGGAGCUCAAUCCGGAGGGCCUCCAGGGGGACAGGGAGUGGCUGACGGAGGUGAGUUACCUAGGGCAGUACAGCCACCCGAACCUGGUGGAGCUCAUCGGCUACUGCUGCGAGGACGAUCACCGGCUGCUGGUGUACGAGUACAUGGCCAAGGGCAGCCUCGAGCACCACCUCUUCCGGCGUGCGUGCAACCUGCCAUGGACGACCCGGGUGAAGAUCGCGCUGGACGUGGCGAGGGGGCUAGCCUUCCUUCACGGCGCCGAGCGGCCCAUCAUCUACCGGGACUUCAAGACCUCAAACAUCUUGCUCGACGCUGAUUUCAACGCGAAGCUGUCGGAUUUCGGGCUCGCCAAGGAGGGGCCGAUGGGCGGCAAGACGCACGUCUCGACGAGGGUCAUGGGCACCUACGGCUACGCCGCGCCGGAGUACAUGGCCACCGGGCACCUGACGGCGAUGAGCGACGUGUACGGUUUCGGCGUGGUGCUGCUGGAGAUGCUGGUGGGGCGGCGUGCACUGGAGCCGAUCCGCGCGGGCGCGCGCGACGGCAGCCUCGUGGACUGGGCGCGGCCCAUCCUGAUCCGCCCCAAGAAGCUGGAGCGGAUCGUGGACCGGCGGAUGGGCGAGCUCGGGGCCGGGCAGUACACGGCGCGGAGCAUGGAGCGCGUCGCCCGCCUCGCCUACGACUGUCUCAGCCAGAACCCCAAGGUCCGCCCCGCCAUGGCCAGGGCCGUGAAGACGCUCGAGGCCGUCCUCGCCGCCGGCGCCGACGACGACACGGCGGCCGAUGCUCCGGCUCGGUGAGGUCGAUUGGCGUGGCGAGAAGUAGGGUCGACGGUUUAGGCGCGUACGGUACGGCGGGUCGGCGCGGCCAUGGAUGUUUGGACUAAUCAUUUCAUUUAUCAA